AUGAAAGAACAAUGUUUUUUAGUACCUGGAGAAUUCGGUAUAAUUGUUCAGAUUUUAGUUGGAUGCAUAUCAUUAAGUAUAUUAUUUAUGAAGUACAUUUUAGAAAAUCCUAGAAGACCAUUUAUCACAUUUUUAAAAAAUUUAAUCAGCAUUUUGUUUGGAUCUAUAAUGCUUCAUUUUUUAAAUAUUUUUAUAUCCAUACUUAUUUUUAGGUGUAAUAUUUUAUUGUAUUUAUACAACAGUGAUAUGGAUGAAUGUUCUAUAUAUUUUAUUCAAAUUAUUAUUGAUGCAACUUUUGGUUUAUAUUUAGAAUAUAAAAUAUUUCCUAUUUAUAAAUUUAUAAAUGUUCGAAGAGAGUAUUUACACAAUAAUUCCAACUCAUCUAUUUACAAACCUGUUGAUGCAUUGUCUCAUUAUUCUUCCUUUUUAAAGUUGAUUAGUAAUGGCAAUAAGAAGGAAUUCCCUAAUAAAUAUAGCAUUACCAGUAAAAAUAAUAUAAAUAUUUUUAAAUUAGAUUCUUUCAACUUUAAAAACUAUUCAGAAAAGAGAAAGUGUGAUGCUUCCAAUAAAAAUAAAAUAAAAAAUUUAAAAGACCAAAACGAUACAACGAAAUUACUUGGAGAAAAAAUAUCUAAAUAUGACAAUGCUUUUGACAGUGAUAAUAUUUUUUAUAAUUUUACUACUAAUGAAAAUAUAGAUAGUGAAAAACAAACAAAAAAAAAAAACUUAAGAUUAUACGAUGAUGAUAAUGAUAAAAACGAAUUAACGUUGCUAAAUGACCAAACAAAAAAUAAAGAUUUUUGUAUCCUUUUAAAUGAAAAUAUUAUAUUUGAUUAUGAAGAUGUAAUUAUAUAUGAAAAUAAAAAUUUAGGCAUUUACAAAGGAAUUGAUGAAGAUUAUUCCCACUUUAGUUUAUUUCAUGGAACUCCAUUGUGGAUUUAUGUUGUAUUAACCGCAAAGAGUAUUACUUUAUUAUUUUUUUUUCUUCUUUCACCUAUUUUUAAUAUAUUUGUUUCAUAUACAGUAUCACUUAUUAAUGAUAUGAAAUUCAAACUUUUAAUUGUAAUGGUUAUAUUACCGUUUUUUUUAAAUUUCAUCAUAUAUUUCUUUACUGAUAACAUAAUUAAAACAAAAUAUACAUAUAUGAAUAUAAACUAA